AUGGGAAGAAUUAUUGAGCCUCCAUUGCAGAAGAAAAAUGUCUCCGCUAAGCUACAAACAAAGAUGCAAGAGCUUAUGCGAUCAGUAGCUGAGAAAAGGCGACAAGCAGAAGCCAAGGAAAGAAAUACUAUACUGGCAAAGAACUGUAUAUUAGACCUGAUAAGGCUGAGAUAUAACUUCCAAGCUAUACUUGACUGUACUGGUGUUGAUAAAGGCUUUCUAACGGAAUUGUAUAAGUCGUUAAAUUUUCCAAUAAACGUUAAGACGGCUUCCAUUUCACCAUCAUUCCAUUCACCAUCGGAUAUAGCAUUGGCAGAUUGUAACUCAGCUCAAGAGUUUAAUCAUACCAAUAAUAACCAUCAAAACGAUACUUCGAGCUGCUAUAGUGAUUCCAAGACACCAAGAUGGCUCAACAAUCUGGUAAUUGAUUUAACAAGCAGCGACUCGGAGGCUGAGUGCUCGUCUGAUAACAGAAUUGAGUUAAGAUGCCCAGACUCUAUUAGUGACUUUUACAAUGGUACUAGCAGUACCGAUAUUGCUUCUGAUGUGCAGGAGGACACGAGCAGAGGAGACGACACAGCGAAGAACAUUUUAUCGGAAAUCUCACAUGUUUUAGUGAAAUCCAAAAUUGAGCUAAACCGCAUAAAGACUCUGUACAAGCUUAAAAACUCGACAGUGCCGUCACAUCUUUAUCCCCAGCUUUUGAGGCAGAAAAAUCAGUUUAUUUCGCAUGUUAACUCAGUAUUUCAUGAGCUUGGUAUCCUUGUGCAAGAUAAUGAGACCGAGUCAUCAGUUAGACGUCCUUCAAAGCGUCUCAGAAAUGCUGAUGAAACUGCAAAUGAUGAACUCCCCGCUAGUAAAUUUCAAGUACGAAAUUCAAAUGUUACUACCAAUAAAACAGUUAUAACCCCAAGAACAAGCACUCCAACUAUCAUGGAAGACAAUGGUUCCGACAUUACUAACAUGAACUUGGACAGAAGAGAAACUUUAGCUCAGAGAACUCCUUCGAGUUCCUCUAUAUCAACUAUUUCUGCAGACUUCGAACCGAGUGAGAGUGGCAUCCCAAGCAGUAGCAUAUCACGCUCUAGAAACGAUUUAACAAAUAAACUUGAAUCAAGCCAAGAGAGUAUGUAUGAAAAAGCGAUUAUUACUAAAGAUAGUAAAGCAAAGGUAUUUACGCAGUAUCAAUCAUUGAGACCCUUUGAAAGCAAUACUGAUCCUAAAACUACGAGUGAAGAAGUGAUAUGCCCAAAAGAGAUUCUGGAGGGAAGUUGUCAGGAUUCAAAAUGCCCAUUUACACAUAUAUCAUGA